UAUAUCACGUGGUCGGGUAAUCAUCAAGGGGCAAACAACAACCUUCCCCUGAACAGCCAUCAUAUCUUCCACUUAGGCCUUUUGAGUUUUAGCCUGGGUCAAUACAUCUUGUGUAUUUUCUCAUCACAAAUCAACGCAUAGAGGACCGUCUGUUUAAUCAAUAUUUGGAGACCCUUUUUGGAUGUGAAAACAAUUUUCCAAUGGCCCACAACAGCUCUAUAUCACCAGCUAUAGGUAUGCAAUCUUUUCGGAAAGGAACCGCCUUACCUCCAAGUUUGCAAUUUCAAGGUAGAAGCUUUUUUCCAUUGGAGUAUCCUGCAUAUCCAACGGAUGAUGUUGAUUUCGAUGAAUGGACUGAUUUUGCUGCUUACUGUGGUGUGGACCCUGAGCCACCAAUUCUCGACCUUCUGUCGAACGAAGAUAAUGCGAGCCUCGACGGAAAAUACUUUACACCUCAGCCAGCCAGGCCUGUUGCCAGUAAAAACCCGUCCACUACUGUCUUCAAAAUGCAGGCGGGACUCGGAAUACACAGCUAUGAAAUAACGGCUGCACAACCUAAAAAGCCAGCUUCCCUCAUUGUGAAGUUCAAAUUGCCUACAGACAAAGUUGCGAAGAUUCUGUCGACGCCGCAGAUACCUGAGAAUCUCCAGGCUGGAGAUUUUGGGAAUAUUGGCGAGAAGAAAAGGUCAGCUCACAAGAACACGAAGGUUCUACGUCGACGCCGAUGACCAUCUUUAUUGAGAGGAAAAUGAUUUAUUCGUCUCAUUAUAUUUCCGCAUUGUCGAUCUGAGAUACUAGCUAGAGCGCAUAGUAAAUUGACGUUCACCAGAUUUAAGCAGCUUGCAUAGCUUCAAAAUUGAUCGAGUCCUUUCACGCGUAUCAGACUAGAACGGCCUUUCCCGAAUACCUAGCACCACCCCCUCUAUCGCAAUAUUUUCAUCCGAAACA